GGCAGGAGUCUGUAUUGCUCUGUCCCCAGUGUACGCUAGACAUGGUCCACAAUAGAGCCACAUAGCCGCAGUCAGCUUGUACUUCAGAUUGGGGGAGUCUGCAGGACAGAAUUGUGUUCCCCCUAGCAGGAGGAUGGGAUGCUGUACUGGCAGAUGCACUUUAAUAUUCCUCUGCACAUUCCAACUGAUAGCUGCACUAGAGCGUCAAGUUUUUGAUUUUCUGGGAUAUCAAUGGGCUCCCAUUUUGGCCAACUUUCUUCACAUCAUCAUCAUUAUUCUGGGUCUGUUUGGGACUCUGCAAUACAGACACCGUUAUGUUGUGGCUUAUGCCAUAUGGGCAGCCGUCUGGGUGACGUGGAAUGUUUUCCUCAUCUGUUUUUACCUAGAAGUUGGGGAUUUGUCCAAGGACAGCGACCUCCUUACAUUUCAUGUGUCCCAGCACCAGUCAUGGUGGAGUGAGCAUGGGCCUGGCUGCGUAAGGAAGGAAGCCCCAGUGGCUGGCAUGGCUGGACUGGAGGGUCACUCGUAUGUGUCAGUUAUUGGCUGUGCUGUGGAGUAUCAGUACAUUGAGGUGAUGCACAGCUCCAUGCAGAUCCUACUGUCGCUCCUGGGGUUUGUGUAUGCCUGUUAUGUUACCAGCAUCUUCACUGAAGAGGAGGACAGUUUUGAUUUCAUUGGUGGAUUUGAUCCAUUUCCCCUCUACCAUAUCAAUGAAAAACCCAGCAAUCUUCUGUUCAAGCAGAGUUACUUGCCGGCGUAAGUGAAGAAACUUUCACAUAAAGGAAUGAAGUAAACAUACAGAGAGUCUCUUUUCUUCAACAAAAAAUGCACGUGGGCCACAUUUGAACAUUACUUUGUGCCACAUAGCCUGCCCUUUAUUGCAGACUCUUCAUGUCUUAGGACUGAAUAACAAUGGACUCCCUCCAAUCUGUGGGACCUGGGAGCAGAGGAUUCUCACUGAGCGUGGGGAUAGCAUAUAUACUGAUUUAGGCUAGGAUGACAGUUAUAUUGUUUUUCAUAAAAUUGCAAUAUCUGGAUUAGACGGUGGAGGGUCAGCACUUUUUCUCUACUUUAAGGCUGCAAAGCUCCAAGAUCUACUGUAAUGUUUAAAAAAACAAAACAUUUCUUUCUGUACAUCUUUUGCAUUCUGAUUGUCAUUUCAUACAUUCACAAAGUUUUCAUGGAGAAAAGUUACUAAAACAAAACAAAUCAUUCCCUGCUUGCUUAAUAUUGUCAAGGCUUCUUCUAGUUACAUAAAAAAACACAAGAACGACUACAAGAUGUGUACUUCCACUAAGUACAAGGGGCUCUCUACAUUCUCAUAAAUAAGCCUGGCUCAUUUUCUCCCAGUGUAGGCCUGAUACUGGUGCAAGGCUUCAGCACAUUGAAGAUACAUAUUAGUAUGUGAUGCAACCAUGAAAUGAAAACAGCUUGUUAUUGCAAGACAUACAAUACUGCUUCCAAAUGGUGAUUGUGGCUAACAGAAAAUGGUGCGCUGUAAGAAGAACUUCAAACUGCCUCCAGCUGUGGCUUGGCAAGGCAAAAUAGAACAAAUCUGAUUGGAUAUUCUCUUUUUAACCAUUUUCUUCCUUUUAUGAAGCCAGCCAAAUCUGGAUUAAGAAACAUACUUGGAGCACAGAAGAUCCUUUGGGAAGUUAAUGAAAUAUCAUCAAUACUAAGAAAUUGUGAACUAUGUUCAUUUAUAAAGAACUUUUAUUGCAUUGCCCUAAUAAAUUUGAUUUGGUAAUCACA